AUGACAAGACAUCACCGCCAUGACGGGCAUUCAGGCCAUUGUCACGAUAACGAUAAUGACUCGACAAGAGCUGAAGAACAACGCCGUGACCAGGAAAUCCCAGAGAAAUUGAGCAAGGAGUUGAAGCAGCGUAGAAGUAGAAAAGAAAGACUCAAAAUGGCUCGAGAAAUGGUUGAGGAGAAGAAGGGUACACCAUAUUGGUUUGAAAUAGAUGAGUCGGAGAAACUACUUCGACAUUGGAAAAUCGCAGAAGAAGAUUACAGAGAGCGACGUGACUCUGACGAAGGGGACAUGGCCCGAGAGUUAAAGAUCAUUAGUCAACACUAUUUUGAUAGUGAACGCAGAGGUUUCGCUGUGGCUAAGUUGGAGAGAAAAUGGAAUGCCUUCAAGGCAGAGAAUGAUGCAAAAAAGAAAGAAAGAGAUCAGGCACUUGAGGAAGCAUGGUUAAGCGAGUUCAGUCGCUGGAUGGAAGAGCUGUCGGUUGCAGACUCCUACGACACUCGAUACGCAGGACCUGAUGAAGACGGUGUUACUUGGACCCGUCAACAGCUGGUAGAUAUCAACGACGAGAUUAGCGAUGACCAUCUGACAAAAUGCUUGCCAAGUCUUCAAAAGCCUGACUCUAGAGGUACACACUGCAAAGACUGCGAAGAUGAAGAUGAGGUUGGUCCUUUCUGGGAUGAGGUCCAUAGGCUUGGACUUUAA